AUGGUCCGCUCAGCUUUUCAGCAAGAACAUACCUUUGAGAAGCGCAAGGCAGAAGCAGAGCGCAUCCGCCAGAAGUACCCUGACCGCAUUCCCGUCAUUUGCGAGCGCAUCGAAAAGUCAGACAUUGCCCAGAUCGACAAGAAAAAGUACCUCGUCCCCUCGGAUUUGACUGUCGGCCAGUUUGUCUACGUGAUUCGUAAGCGCAUCAAGCUCUCCCCCGAGAAGGCCAUCUUCAUCUUUGUUAACGAGGUUCUCCCUCCCACAGCGGCCUUGAUGUCGUCCAUCUACGAGGAGCAUCAGGACAAGGAUGGCUUCCUCUACAUCACCUACUCGGGCGAGAACACCUUUGGCGCAGAUUUGGAGGCUUACGAGUCCCAUUAA